AUGAAUAGAUACUCUUUGAAUGUUUAUCAAGUAGUUUGCUUGGUUAUUGGAUUGUGUUGUGUCUGGUGUAGUUCUGAUAGGAAGUCAGAUAAGAUGUGGUUGUUUGGUAUAUUUAAAAGGAUCCUGUUAAAUCUAGAUAGUCAAGUAGAAUCGGUUUCUGCUGAGAUAACCAAUGCAAUAAAAGAGCUGAGAAUCUUAAGCGAGAAUCGAUCAAAACGAAUAAAUGCAAUAAAGCAGUGCCAACAGAACCUCAAGGAAGAAAAACAUGAGGCUUCUGAGAACAUGAACUCAACCCAAAGCGAUUGCAGCUUCUCUGACAAAUCAAUAGAGAGACUCAGACAGGAGAAGAUUGAGUUACUAUCUCUACUAGUCAGAGAAGAAGUAAUACAGAAAAGUAUUAAUAUAGCUACCCAACAAAUGGAACAAUGGUUAUCUGGAUGCAAGAAUACCCAGAUGUCAGAGGAAUCGCGAAUAGAGAGCCUAGGUAAGCUAACAAAUAUAGCACAACAACUAAAACAAAUUAAGAGUGACGCAAUGGACCCACAAAAUCAAUCCCCCGGUUCAAAAAGAAACAUACUUGUCAAUGGUCUAAUCGCAAUAGGUGUCCGAUACAAUUCCCAUGAAUUAAAAAGCCGAAUCAAAAUGAUCAUGAUAGAAGAACUAAAGAAAAUGGUACCUAAGAUUGAUAUGUUAGACCGGGACGAUAUAACUCAAGUUAUAGAUCCAGUGAUAGAUCAAUUAUUGAAACAUGAUGAACCCAAAAGCCCCGACAACAUAUCUAGGAUAAUUGAAGGAGUGCUAGCCCAACUCGAUGAUAGGUCUAAAAACAUGAAAGUCAAAAGUGAAAGUGAAAGUAAGCAGGAGCCCACCGAUCCAGAGCCCUCUACUUCAAGAACUCAAUCAAGCAAUCCCCAAACUAACAAAUCUGGCAUGGACGGUAAACCUCAUUCGGGUAGCAGAUCUGCUGACCAAGAUUCUACGUCAUCUUUUAAUGGAUAUGGGCUUAAACAGCUCGAGUUGGUUCGACGGGGCUGUACAAUAAGUUAG